AUGGUAUUCUCAAGCCUCGAGGAUUGUUAUUCAAUGUAUGUCAAGUAUGCCAAGGAGUGUAGGUUUUCAAUCAGCAAAGGUACUACAAAGACAAACUCUAAAGGUGUGUUACAUAUUAAGUAUUACUUGUGUAGAAGAUCUGGGUUAUACAAGGACAAGAAGGUUGAUACGUUGGACCCCAAUCAAAAGGAGCGAUUAGUGCGAUCCAACUUUUCAAAGAGGACUGAUUGUGGUGCACUGUUAGGUGUAACUUUUGAGGAUAGAUCAUGGAAGGUGUAUAAGUUUGUCGAAAGGCACAACCAUUAUCUUGUUGAACGUCCUGAUAAGCAAUUUCUUCCAACUGAACGACACCUCACUCAGCUCCAAAAGCAUGUUAUACACAGCAUGUCUAAGCUGAAUUUGGGUCCCGUGAAGGCGUUUAAUGUUAUGAAGACUUGUUUUGGCGGUUUUGAAGAUGUGGGUGCAAGUAAAGUUGAAUUUAAGAACUAUAAAAGGCAAAUUAACUUGUUUAUAGGGGAAUAUGACGCCGAUAUGGUUGUGAGACAUUUGAAUGAAAAAAAACAUUCUCAGCCUAAUUUCUCGUAUGAUUACUUCACAUAUGAAGAGAAUCGUUUGAAGGGAAUUUUCUGGUGUGAUGAUCAAGCCAAAGGAAAUUACCAUGUGUUUGGUGAUGUGAUUUCGUUUGACGCCACGUAUCGGUCCAACAAGUAA